AUGAAUCUUAUUAACUCAAAGAACUUUAUGUAUCAUGAUGAUAAAAGAGAAUGGAUAUGGGAGACAAAAAAGAUGUUUACAGUUAAAUCCUAUUAUAUUUUUCUUAAUGAUGGAGGAGUGAGAUAUGAUUGUAUGAAUUUAUGGGGCCUCCCUGUUCCUUUAAAGGUUAAGGUCUUAGUUUGGUUGGCUUUAAGGGAGAGUUUAAACACUAAAGAUAUGCUGAAUAGAAAGGGUAUUCAAGUAGAGAAAACAUGCUGUUUAUGCUCAGCAAAAGAUGAAGAUCAUGCACAUUUAUUUCUUAACUGUGAGUUUGUAUACUCAAUUUGGAGAUCUAUUCAAUUCAAGUUAAACACUGAUAAUGAAUUUAGAAUGAAUUCUUUGAAAGAAGUUUGGCUUUGCUGGAAUGGUGGUACUGAUGGUGAAUCUAAUUUGAAGAAAUUAGUGUGGAUUUGCUCCCUGAUCUGGUCUGUGUGGCAAGAACGCAAUGAUAGAUUGUUCUCUAAUAAACAGAAAGGAUCUCUUCUCCUUCUAAAUAAAAUAGUGACUUAUUCAACCUUUUGGUUAGGUUCUAAAGGAAUCUCUGCUCGAGCUGCUCGAUUACAAGAAAGGAGGAGAAAAAAAACUACUGGGAGACUUAUCAGUGAUAAAGCUGCUACUGGCGGGAUGGCUGAGGUCCAGGUGAUCCAGUUGGAAUAG